AUGUCGUCUCAAUUCCAGCAACUGGAGAAAUUGGGAGAAGGUACGUAUGCGACCGUUUACAAAGGUAAAAACAGGACUCUUGGAACAUAUGUGGCACUGAAGGAGAUCAACUUGGACAGCGAGGAAGGCACUCCGUCCACCGCAAUUAGGGAAAUUUCCCUCAUGAAGGAGCUCAAGCAUGAGAACAUCGUGACACUAUACGAUGUUAUCCACACGGAAAACAAGCUUACGCUUGUUUUCGAGUACAUGGAUAAUGAUCUGAAAAGAUAUAUGGAUAUACACGGGUACAAUUCAAGUGGUGCUUUAGACCCACGCACAGUCAAGUCAUUCAUGUACCAGUUGCUGAGAGGAAUCUUGUUCUGCCACGACAACAGAGUACUCCAUAGAGACUUGAAACCACAGAACCUUUUGAUAAACAGCAAGGGUGUCUUGAAAUUGGGCGAUUUCGGUCUUGCCAGGGCUUUUGGCAUACCUGUGAAUACCUUUUCCAACGAGGUUGUCACUUUGUGGUACAGAGCACCGGACGUGCUUUUGGGAUCGAGAAACUACUCGACCUCCAUUGAUAUGUGGUCAGCAGGAUGCAUAUUGGCCGAGAUGUUCACGGGGAAACCGCUUUUUUCGGGCUCGUCCAACGACGACCAACUGUUGAAGAUCUUUAGGAUAAUGGGUACGCCAAACGAGCGGACAUGGCCCGGGGUUUCGGGCUAUCCUAACUACAAGUCAAAUUUUGCCUUGUUCAUACCGCAGGAUUUGCGUGUUCUAAUUCCAAACAUCGAUAACGAAGCUCUAGAUCUUCUGCAGGGACUAUUGCAAAUGAGACCAGAUACGCGAUUAAGUGCAAGACAAGCACUUCAUCAUCCUUGGUUCGACGAGUACAACAACCCUCAGAAAAUAUAUGGCGAGCCAUCGCACAUACAGCAGCACGUUGAUUUAACAAACCAGAGCAAUACCAGCAGCAACAAUAAUAUCAUGGCGCAGCAGGGAUAUAACUACUGA